GUAAUCCCAUCGUGCUCCCACUUGUGGCGUUCGACACAUCACGAACGAUGCAACUAGAGUCGCCCGUACGACUCCCGGCGCCCCGUCUAAUGGCAUAAAUGCAACGCUUCAUCGCAUCAACGCGUCAACAGCGAUCGCGACAGACGCACGAUCUCUCUGGGGAGAAAUCGUUCAGGCCACUUGAGAGCUCGGCCAAAUCUGACAGAUAUCCCGACCGACCUUGCCCUGGUCGGAUUGCAAUAUCUGGGUAUUGAUGGGUGGCGUUAGUGCGGGGAUUGAUCGCGAUGCCCUUCCUUCACAAGUCGGGGAACAGGUUGAUGCGAUGAGGAGCAAUUGCCAAUGAAAUGUUGUCCGUGUCGUCGUCGGCAGCCGGUAUCCUUCUGUUCAUGAACUCUUCGCGUAGAUGGUGGCAGCGUCAAGCAAUUUGUGGCGGGAUUCCUACACUAAGUUUGCAGGAGAAGUCGUGUCCAGAGUCCAUGACUCCUCAAUGGAUUAAAGGUUUUAUCUCCGCCGGCGCCUGACGUCGAUCUUUCCCUGCUCUCAAUCUUCCCAUCAUUCCGAUAUCCUCGACAGCAAUGAAAAUGUUCAACUCGGUGCAAACUCGGCGACCAGUUCAGCGUAAAAGUCGAGUUCUCGUCAUCGCUGUCAGUGUCUCUUAUGU